AUGGCCUCUGGAACACCGAUGUAUGCCACAGUGGAGAUUUUUUCUCCCGAAGGUGAACCACAUCAGGUCGGUGUCAGGUGGAAGCAAUGGUUAGAAGCUUUUGAGGAUUAUUUAGCAGUGUUACAAGUAAACGAUUCUGAUAGGAAAUUACAGUAUCUUAGACAUCACAUGGAGGAAAGAAUCAUAGAGACCAUUUUACUUCUCACGCCAGACCGCAAAUUUAGAGAAAGAAUAUUAGAAGCAGGUCCCUUAACUCUAAAUAAACUGAUGGAAUUUGCUAGGAUGAGAGAAGACUCAAAGUCACAGGCUGAUUCCUAUGAAACUAAAGAGUUUGUGAGUAAGGUACAGGAACAUAAGGGUAGAAGGCUACCAGUUUCUGUACAGAGGAACAGACCAGGUGAGUUACCUCCAAGAAAUAAGCCAAGGACAUCAGAUCAGAGAUAUCCUAGUGCACAGGGCUGCCGUAGGUGCGGUAGGGAAAACCAUAGAGCUAAGGAUACUGAUAAAUGUCCAGCUAUGGGUAAGCAGUGCAAUAACUGUAAAAAAUGGAACCAUUUUGCUCAAGUUUGUACAAAUAAGAGAAAUCAGAGGUCAAGGAAUGUAGUAUAUAAGACUGGGGACACACAAGAGUCUGACUUUGAUUCAGACAAAGAUUGGGUAUUUUCCAUUAAGUAUAUUGAGGGUAGAAAGAAAAGAAUAUAUAUAGAUGUUCAAUUAAAUGGCAAACCAGUAGUAAUGCAGCUAGAUACAGGGGCAGAUGUUACUAUCUUGCCGGAGUAUAUAGCUAAGACAAUUCCUGGUAUUAAGAUGCAGCCAGCAGAUAAAGGACUGCAGACAUAUGGGUCACAUGGGUUGACCGUAAAGGGUAUGGCUAAAGUAAUGGUAAAGUAUGAAGAUCAGGUGCAUGAAGAUUUACCUUUAUAUGUUGUGAAAGAGAGAGACGAAUGUCUUUUAGGAUUGCAAUGGUUAUCCCAAAUUAACUUUAAUUGGCCAAAGGUGUUUGAGAAAGUAUCCAAGGUAAACAUAAGAAAAUUAUCAUCCAUAAAUGAGAUCAUACCACUAUACCCUGAAGUUUUCUCUGAGGGUAUAGGUACAGUAGCAAAUAGCCAAGCCUCAUUAGCACUGCAACCAGAGGCAGCUCCGAAGUUCAUGUCUCCCAGGAAAAUUCCGUUUGCAUUGAAGCCUGCUGUAGAACAAGAGAUUCGCAGAUUGGAGGCUGAAGGAACCUGGGAGAAGGUUAAUUAUUCAAAUUGGGGUACACCUUUAGUACCAAUAGCAAAAAGAGAUGGCAGUGUAAGACUCUGUGGAGAUUAUAAAGUAACUGUAAAUCCACAACUGCAGGUUGCACAAAAUCUGCAGAGGGCUUUCUCACAAGAGACACACCCUUGGGAAACACCUAGUACUCCAUGGCAGAGAGUACACAUUGAUUUGCAGGUCCUUUUCGAGGUCACACUUUCUUGA